AUGCGAUCCAAGUUCAAGGACGAGCACCCCUUCGAGAAGCGCAAGGCCGAGGCCGAGCGGAUUCGCCAGAAAUACGCCGACCGCAUCCCGGUCAUCUGCGAGAAGGUUGAGAAGUCCGACAUCGCCACGAUCGACAAGAAGAAGUACCUGGUUCCCGCCGACCUCACUGUCGGCCAGUUCGUCUACGUGAUCCGCAAGCGCAUCAAGUUGUCCCCCGAGAAAGCGAUCUUCAUCUUCGUUGACGAGGUCCUCCCCCCGACUGCCGCCCUGAUGAGCAGCAUCUACGAAGAGCACAAGGACGAAGAUGGCUUCUUGUACAUCACGUAUUCCGGAGAGAACACAUUCGGCGACCUGUAG